AAAUUAGCAAAAUGUAAAAUAGCUGCCUUAGAUCUCCUUAUAAAGUUACUGCAGCUUCUGAAGAAGUCCUACGUUAUUGAAGAAUUUAAAAUUUGUGACAUUUUCAAUAAAUUUUAUGGCGAACUUCCUAAUAAAACCAAAUUGUCAGACACAGUUCUAGAGAAAGUCUACGAGCUUCUAGGAGUUUUGGGAGAAGUGCAGCCUAGUGAAAUGGUGGACAAUUCCGAGAAACUAUUCAGGGCAUAUUUGGGAGAAUUAAAAACUCAGAUGACGUCCUCUACUAGAGAGCCAAAGCUGGCAGUGGUAGCUGGAUGUCUGAGGGGAUUGUGU